AUGGAUGACAGAAGGAUCAUCAGAUCAGAAAAAGACCGAUUAAGCUCUUUGCCAGUUGAACUUAAACACACCAUUCUAUCUUAUCUCGAGCUGAAAGAUGUGGUUCAGACUAGUGCAUAUUCUAGGGAAUGGAGGUAUACGUGGACUGCGAUGCCACAUCUUAAGCUAAAUAGUAGCCAAUUUCCUAGCAUGUCUGUUUUUUCCAAAUUUGUGAAAGACAAUCUGUCUAGUAUUUGCGACAAUCCAAUGGAAGUUUCUGCAAUUGAUCUAACAUUCAAAGGAGCAGCUACUCGCCUUUCUGUUAAAAGUGUUGUAGAAUAUGCGUAUAUGCGUAAUGUUAGCCAACUAACUCUUACGCGAAUCAGUAGGAAGUUACAUCAGUUCCCCGGGUAUCUUUUCAGUGCUUCCCAACUCAAACAUCUCACCCUAGCAACCACUUGUCAAUCUUUUUAUCUACAAUAUGCCAGCAGCAUACCGAAAGUGGACUGGGAUUUCCCGGAGUUAGAAACACUAGUUUUGAAGAAUAUGCAUUUAGGUGAUGCCACCGAUGGAAACCUCAACCUGUUUUCAAAGUGUACGAAACUAAAGGAUCUCACUUUACACAAGUGUUGCAUGUUUGGGUUGGAUAUUUUCAAUAUCUGUGCUCCGGAACUUUGUAACCUUACAAUUAUAGAAGGAAUCUCAUUUCCAAAUGUAUGCAAUGUGGUUGCUCCUAAACUGAAGAACUUGAUUACAUCAGUUAGGGCUUCUGUUGAUCGAGUUCCUGUAGCAUUUGAUUCUCUGAUAUUGGCCUCGGAGGGCCUUGAUUCAUUAGAAAAUGUGAAUCUUUCCUUUUCAAUGCCCGUUGUCAAUAAGGAAAGGUUUAUACCGGUGCUACUCAAUUUGUUUCAGACACUUCACAAUGCCAAAUACUUGACUAUUGAAACUGACAUCAUCGAGAUUCUCUCAAUGUGGCCCGGACAAAUCUCCCUUGGACCUUGUCCGUUUGAAAGAUUGGAGCAUUUGAAAAUAAACAAGACACCGUUGAAGAAAAGGGACAGUAUUACCACAGUAAACGCUGAAGUCAGAAACUACUUUCUUGGGAACUCUCCGGCUGGUGCAACAUUUAUCAUGGAUUUACCUCAGGAUAUGAUUGUUUCAUAA